UCCGAAAAAAAAAUGAAAAAGGACAAUAGCCCGACGAAGCAAAGAGUAAGAGCGACUGUUUCAUGCACGGUUGGGCUACACGGGGCGAAGGGCUUCCGCCCGCCGAAGCGGGGAGGGUCGAGCAUCCCUUGGCCUCGAGGAGCAGCGGGGCGAGGCAACUGACCUGCCGAGAAGCGGCUCUUCGGACCGGCAUCUUCUCAGGAAGCAGAGAGGGAGAGGGAAGAGAACAGACGAAAGCUCUUCUUGCGGGAGCAGCGAGAAGUGCGGGGAGCCGGGAGCCCCCCGCUCCCCUCCUACCCCGGCUGCUUCACACCAGUUCUUUCCCUCCCCUUCUCUCACGCGAAAUCCAACCUCGCCAGGAAGCUACGAGUAUGCAUGUUUUUAUUUCUCACUCAGGCGGAAUACGACAACAUAUGAGCCUUUUGGGUUUUUUUGCCCCUUUUUUUUAAUGAUUCCCCUUAAACCGGAGUUUAAUUUUCACCAGCGGAGACAAGGAGAAGCAGAUCCCUGCCGAGGCUGAAGGGACGGUGGAACUCUUCUGGGGACCUGGGGCAGCCACCCGUAAUAAAAUAAUUCACCGACAGCGAAGCUGGGAGGGAGCUGCCAACUCCUUCGGGAUCUACCCCUCACGGCAGACGCGGGAGGGAGCUUAAAAAUGCCCUGUGGUGCGGGAGAGGAGAGUCUGGGGGGGCGAGGCGUGCAGCGAGGGCUCAGCCAGGGAGCGUGGACCCAUGGCAGCCCGGGCAGGAUCACUGUCUCUCCAUUGUCAUCCUCCCCUUUAAAAAAAAAAAAAGGAGAGGGAGAGAAAAAAGUAGGCGGAUUGCAGUGUCUGACUGCCCAAUGGCAGCCCCGAGUCUCAGGAGAGUUGUAGAGAGAGGGAGAGAGAGAAAGAGAGGCACUUUCUGCCAUCCAAAUCCCUUAAACCAUCCUCAUUCCAACACGAGAACCCACUGUAACAACUUCCAACCACUGAGACAUGACAGUCAGGAGCCCAGAGGCAGCAGCAGCAGCGAGAGCCGCAGCAGCAGCACACACUCUGCACAGAGAGCAGCAUUAGCACCAGGGGAAUACUAGACACAUCAAUACAAACAAACAAACAAACAGACAAAGCCCCCCCAAGCCCAAGGGACUGGAUUCCAACUCAGAUUCAAGCCACAGCAGACACCAAAAAGGGUGGGGAAUUACGACCAGGGGGGGCCCAGGAAGGAAUAACCAAGGAAGCGAACUCCAAGAGUGUAAACGGGAUUCAGCCAUGAUCCUUUUUUCAUCUCGCAGUGUGUUACUCUCAGUGUAUUACCCUCAGAUUUUCCUCAUCCUUACGAGUGGGAGUUACCUAGCUUUGUCAUCUGUGGUGGCUUUAGGAGCUAAUAUCAUCUGCAACAAAAUCCCAGGCCUGGCCCCUCGGCAGCGAGCAAUCUGCCAGAGCCGCCCCGAUGCCAUCAUUGUGAUUGGGGAAGGGGCACAAAUGGGAAUCAAUGAGUGCCAGUACCAGUUUCGGUAUGGGAGGUGGAACUGCUCUGCGCUUGGAGAGAAAACAGUCUUUGGACAAGAGCUUCGAGUAGGAAGCAGGGAAGCUGCGUUCACCUAUGCCAUUACUGCUGCUGGCGUUGCACAUGCUGUCACGGCCGCCUGCAGCCAGGGCAACCUCAGCAAUUGUGGCUGUGACCGAGAGAAACAGGGCUACUACAACCAAGAGGAGGGCUGGAAGUGGGGAGGCUGCUCUGCGGAUAUCAGAUAUGGCAUUGAGUUCUCCCGGAGGUUUGUUGAUGCCCGAGAAAUCAAAAAGAAUGCACGGAGGCUGAUGAACUUGCACAACAAUGAGGCUGGAAGAAAGGUUCUUGAAGAGAGAAUGAAACUAGAGUGCAAGUGUCAUGGAGUUUCAGGUUCCUGUACAACUAAGACCUGCUGGACCACACUUCCUAAAUUCAGGGAGAUUGGAUAUAUUUUGAAAGAGAAAUACAAUGCUGCAGUGCAAGUGGAGGUGGUACGAGCCAGUAGACUAAGACAGCCAACCUUCCUGAAGAUCAAGCAGAUUAAGAGUUACCAGAAACCCAUGGAAACAGAUUUAGUGUAUAUUGAGAAGUCACCCAACUACUGUGAGGAAGAUGCUUCCACGGGGAGUGUCGGUACCCAGGGACGACUCUGCAACCGUACCUCACCCAAUGCGGAUGGGUGUGACAUGAUGUGCUGUGGAAGAGGGUACAACACACACCAGUACACCAAGGUGUGGCAAUGUAAUUGCAAAUUCCACUGGUGCUGCUUUGUGAAGUGCAACACGUGUAGUGAGCGGACAGAGGUGUUCACCUGCAAAUAAUGGCAUCAUGUGCAAACAAACAGAACCAAUCACCAUGAGUGAAGAAAGUGGAGUACAACCAACGACGACAGCAUCGUUUUGCACAUCUAACCUUCUUCGGGAAAAAAACCCCAAACACCACCAGGACAACCACUCCCUCCCCACUACUUACACUUCAAAGGAUGGUGCAUUUUUGCUGGCUGGCUGUUGUAACUGCUUUGGAAACAAGGGCAACAGGAUUAAGGUGAUGUUGACAACCACAUGAAACUUUUUUGUUUAAACUACAAUCUGGGUGUUGCAGAUUUUCUUGUGCUUUAAGUUAUACAUAUCAGAGAAGCGGAUCGCAUUGCAGCUCCCAUGAAAUUUAAAAGAAAAAGACUCUUUCCCCUGUUUUACAACAACAAAACCACCGAGCCCUGUGCAAAUAAAGACUGUUUUUUUGGGGUUUUUUUUUGUUUUUUUUUUUUUAAGUAAAUGGAAUCUUCACUGACUAGAACACAGCAGACUUGCUGCAAAAUCCUAAAUCUCUAUGAAAGCAGGUAAAGAGAAAACAACUGGUAGGGAGACAAAAUCUAUGGCGGAAAUACUCCACUAUCAGUUUGGAAAAAAAUAAUGUUCACAAAAUUACAUCAGCUGCCAGUGACACUGGAACUCUUUGAAUGAACAUUAAAAAUAAUUAUUUAUGUUUUUAAUAGUAUCAAAAAAUUCUAAGCACUAACGGGUAGCUAUGUCUUAAUUCUGUACUAAAUGUAAACUUAUUGGAACUCUGACUUUAUGACUUUUGUAUUUGGUUCUCCCUAAGUUCUUCAAUGCUACUGAUCUGUUGUCACUCCACUAUUAGAGUUCAAUUACUGUAGGCCUUAAGCAAUUACCAGAAUUGAGCAGAAAGAUCAUGCGAAACUGUGGUUACAAAUGCUUGAUAAAGACUUUUCCCACUUGCCUCCUGAUUAAGAAUGACUCUUUUUAGACUCAGGCUUGAGGCAUGGAGCACCUGCUCUCAGCUCCUUGUAGGGAGUUUUAGGAUACAAAGACAUGCAUCAGCAAAUAUCAAAGGUUUUGCUUUGCUGUUAAAUGCACUGGCAGAAUCUUUCAAGCAUUGUGUUUUGCCUUUCCUGGUUGAAAGUUAAUAUUACCAGUAGUUUUAAAUAACUUAUGCUCAGUAUGAACUGAGAAGUUAAUAAAAAUAUGGUAGCUGAGCUCUAGGUUGUUGCAACCUGUGAGCUCUGAUGGCUUCAUGAACAUGAGAAAGGUAAAAUAUGGGUUAGUCUGUGUUGUCAUUAUUCUAAGGUUGGAAAUAAUGUACCCCUUGGUAAACACAUGAAUGUUAAGGAAGAAGCUGACUUUUUACACCAGCACUCAAUUCUACUUUACACACCCUUUCCCUAUGAGAGAUUUAAAGAAAGUCCUCAGAUAUUUUACUACUGUAAAAUCGAGUGUUUGUAAACCCAAGAGCCAGAUAUGCCCACUUACAACACAGUGCAUUUAAGCACAUAAAUAUUUGCUUGUAGCAAGGGUCCCUACCUGAUUUUCUGAAAACUGGGAUUAAAAAUUUCCUAACAUCUGCAUAUCUGCAUUUCUAGAAUUUGUUUCAUUUUAUCACUUUUAUUUAGGGGCUGCACAGCCAUGAGCCCUCCCCACCUGAUGUGGGAGCACUUGCCACAUCACACAGUGCCCUUGGGGCAAGGGGCCAGUGGAGUUACUGCUCCACCAGCUCCCAUGCUGGAUAUGUGAAUGAGCCAGGAUUACCUCCAUAUUUUAUGGGCCUGCAUUAUCAAAGGUAACUAAAUACUUGGGGACCUUCACUGAGACACUCAUGAAAAGACCUGCCUUUCUGACCCCAAGCACUUACCCUCUGAAAAUCAGAGCCCUUUGAUGAGCCUGCCAUGGAGCAAUCCAAAGUUGAAAAGCUCAUUUUUUAUAUUGUUGCUGUUGGUUUCUAAAUGCCAACCAUGAUGUGAACAACCCCAUAGAAGUCAACAGGGGCCCCCCAAACUGCUAGAGUCACUCCAUAUAAUUUAAAGUCCCUUUGAUUCAUGGGUAUUGUUGUUGAAUAAUAGUGAUAUACUGUACUUUCACUACAUUCUUGACAGGAAGCAAAUAAAGCUCCCAAGCACAGUAAUGCACAGUCUUAUGGUACUAGAUACUGUAAAUAUAUUAGAAUAGUAUUUGUUAAGUACAAUUGAGGAAUCCAAUUAAGUUAUAUUAUUGUAUAUCGUUUAAAUGUCUAUAGAGUAUUUUAAAUUAUUGUGAACUACACUGCGUUUAAAAAAAAAGGUUAUAUAUUAUAACAUCAACCACUCUGAAAAGUGGACCAAAGUGACACUUUCUUUUUUUUACAUACCCCUAUUUCAAAUAGCUUUGUCAGCUACUGAAACACCACGGUAAUAGUCCUAUGACUGGAUUAGCUGUCUAGAAUAUAAUGUUUCAGAGCACCCUAUAAAAUUUUUGUUUGUGUGGGUACUGUAUGGCACAAAGCAGGGAAUGACCAUGGGAAUGCAUGGACUUGGAACUUUGUCCCAGGAAAAUACAGGUUUGGUCAGAAAACUCCAUUACCACUAAUGUACUGAAACAUCCCCCCCAAAAUGGCAACUUUUUAAUGAAGGUGUCUAUGAACAGAAGUGGGUUACACACAACUUUUAUUUUAAAAAGAUGUAGUUUGAUGUCAAAGAACUGUGACAAUACAGGUUUCAAUGCAACCAGCAACACAACAUGGUUUAACCACACCUUAGCCAUGACAAAACUCAUAAUACUGUAUGUUACUAAAGAAUUUAAGAGCAAAGAUCAAUUUGUUUACUAUGUUAAUGUUUUAUGGCAAGCAGAAAACAAAAGAUAAAAUGUGUGUCCAUUAAAACUUACUUUUUUCCCCUUCUA